UUUAGUGACUACAUUUGUUACCGACUGUUUAAAAUACAUCAAUAAGAACAUGAAAGGCAGUUGACUGGAAACAAAAAUAAAUACUUCGUCGAAUCUGUAUUAUGUGUGUAUGAUACAGACACCAACAUCCCAAUCAAUCGAGGAUUCUGGCCAAUAUUGUGGUUCAAUAAAACUGUUCAGUCUGUCGAAAAACUUUCGUAACGAAUACCCACAUUUGAAAGGUAAAAGUAAGUGUUAUGAGACAUCAAAAAGAAACGAAGUGAGAGUUCAAUUUCUUGGCAAAUUCGUGGAAACUUUCAGAAUCCACAUUUUCUAAUUGGAAUAUGAACGACAGAGAUGUUUUGUUUCAAACAGAAACACUAAAUAGCGGGACUGAUAUGGGAUUCAAUAACACAGAAAUGGCUGGCUUGAAAUUCACACUGCCGAUAUGGAGACAAGUUCUAUGGUCUAUUUUAUACGCAGGAAUAGUUUUAGUUGCUACAGGAGGAAACGUCAUCGUUAUUUGGAUCAUUUUAGCUCACAAGAAGAUGAGAACAGUUACAAACUACUUUUUGUUGAAUCUCUCCAUAGCUGAUACGAUGGUUUCUAUUUGCAAUGUUACAUUCAACUUUUGGUAUAUGCUUUAUGCCCAUUGGCCAUUUGGAUCUGUAUAUUGUAAAAUAACACAAUUUUUUGCUGCUCUGUCAAUCUGUUCGUCGGUUUAUUCUCUCAUGUCUAUAUCAAUCGACAGGUACAUAGCCAUUUUGACACCGUUAAAACCUCGAAUGGGAAAGACUGUCACUUUAAUUGUAGCUCUCAGUACUUGGAUAUUGGGUACUUUAGUUGGUAUGCCAGAUAUAUUGUACUUUCAAUCAAACCCUCUGAAUGGUACAGAUAGAAUUGUUUGCUACAUGAAAUGGCCUGAUGGAAAAGAAAAUGCAUCAAAACUGGAAAUCAUCUACAACAUAUGUUUCACCGUCAUAACAUAUAUUAUACCAAUAGGAGCAAUGAUAUUUACCUACACAAGAAUAGGAGUAGAAUUGUGGGGAUCUCAAUCAAUUGGAGAAAUAACGGAGAGACAAAUGAAGAAUAUUGAGAGCAAAAGGAAGGUGGUAAAGAUGCUGAUAACUAUUGUCACGCUGUUUGCAGUCUGUUGGCUUCCCUAUCAUUUGUAUUUCCUUGUCAUAUUUUAUUUUCCCUCGUUGACUGGAUUGCAAUACAUACAGGAAGUUUACCUCUUCAUUUAUUGGCUGGCUAUGAGCAACUCUAUGUAUAAUCCGAUAAUAUAUUGUUGGAUGAAUGCUCGGUUUCGAACAGGAUUCAAGAAAAUUUUUACUUGCCUUCCUUUUGUCUCUCUCAGUCCAAGUCAUACUUUCACCGACAGAACUCUCAGCAACUCUACAAAAAGAACCUUUUCCUAUAACGGGACACCAGAGCGAAGAAGAAUGCCACAAUUAGAUUAAUUGCUAUGUUGAAGUGGCUGAAACCAAGUGGUGAUUGAUAUUUUCAAACUUGGUGUUGAAUAUAUUAAAUAUUUCACUUCAUCAUUAGUCAAGCAAUGAAAUUGUAUGUUAUUUCUAUGUUGAAUAAAGGUUGGAUACUUU